AUGCGCCGGUCGAUACAGGACUUGGUCUCGAGCAUAGACCCGGGUGUGCGGAUCGAGCCUGAGGUGGAGGACCUUUUGUUACAAGUCGCGGACGAGUUCAUUGACUCGGUGACGAACUUUGGGUGCCGAUUAGCUAAGCACCGGGGCGGGGACACGCUGGAGGUCAAGGACCUGCAACUGCAUCUUGGUAAGGACCCGGCCAGAAUGUCGUGGAGUACGUUCGCUGACAGGUGCUUUUAG